GAGUUGAGCUAUCACUCUCUGUAGCUAAAUCCAUCUUCUUGCUCUGUGAUGAUAUUCCUACUAUGUUUUGUUCUGCUUUAAGUUAUGCAAAUAUACUAUACGUCCCUAAGAUCCUGUGUUAGAAAUGCUGCUUCGUGUUAUUCAUUAUAUCUACUUCAAAGACAGCAAACCAACAAACGGAGUGUAUCAAGAUGAUGGCAAUCCGUCCAAUGGGGAUUGAUCAGGACCACUUGGGAGGAUUUUACUGACGGGAUCAUAAUUUUGCAUCGCUUUGUUUUGGUUCUCAGAAGAAAUGAUAGCUCUCAUUUUGAUGAUCGACUAUUAUCGUUGGCUAUUGCAAAGUACAAGCAAGUGCUGAUGAAGCUAGAGGAUAAAUUGAGGUCUGCAGAGGAUGUUUCAGCCGCUAAUGGUUUUGCAAGGGAAACUAACAUUUCUGACCUGUGGAAGUCUCUCUUUGAUGAAGAAGCUGGCGAAGCAAUACAUGAAGUGAUAAAGGAUAGGAUUCUUAGCGAACUGUGUCAGCCUAUUUUGGGUGAAUCAUGGCAUAGGGAGAUACAAACACUACCUGUAUACUCUCCUUAUAAUUAUAUUCUAGGGUCUAAUUUUGCAAUGCAGGAGCUGAGAGAGGAGAUUGUGCGACUAGGAGUUGAGCUCUCGCUAUUUGUUGCUGAAUCGAUGUUCUUGCUGUGUGAUAUCAUUCGUAGUAUGUCAAAUUUCUGCUUGAAGUUAUGGAGAGGUGUAAAAAGGGACCUGAAACCUUGUAGUCUGGUGGUGGAAAGGCUGCUUCGUGUUAUUCAUUAUGUCUACUCAGAAAACAUCAAACCGGAGAAUGGAGUAUAUCAUACUGGUGGCAAAUUGGGCAAGUGGGAAUUGAUCAGGACCACUUGGAAGGAUUUUGAUGCUGGAAUCAGAGAUCUACACGACCUUUAUUUGACUAUCGAAGUAAAAGGAUAUUGGUCAGAUGGCGGAGAGUUGGUGUCUCGUAUUGAAGAAGGUGGAGGAGAAGUUGAGGUGUGCCAAGGAUGUUUCAGAGGCGAAUGGGUUUGCGAGAGAAGUGAUGGAGUCUAACAUUUUGGCCUUGUGGAAGUCUCUCUUUAACAGAGAAACCAAGGAAGCAUGGUAUCGGGAAAUGAUAAGGGAUGAGAUUCUUUCUGACCUGUUUCAGCCUCUUUUGAAACAAGAAGAUGAAACAAAACAUUAGACGACUU